AUGGCAACGAGAGCUCGAGAAGAACAUCCCACUCGUCGGGUGUCCAUCUCCCAAUCAUCAAUCAACCACUGGCCCCGACGAAACUACACCAAACCCUGGCUGACUAGCCCAACCCCCCAAGCAUUAGAGUCAUGUCCGACACCGCCGCUCCCUCCGACGUCCACCAACUUUGACGCGAUGCCUGGAUGGGACACGUCGCCGCCCCAAACCGCUCGCAUAUUGGUGCACCAAAUUCUGGCCAAGCCGCACAAAGACGCAAAGCAUCGCAAAGGGCAUGCAAGGGGUCUCAGCCGACAGCAAGUGCUGGAUGCCAAGACAUACAUCAUGGACUUGCGGCGGGAAAUCGACUGGCGGCUGGCUUGCGAUGCAGACCCGAUCCACCUGGACGAGGGCGAGCGAAACCACUCGACACCCACGUCCGACGACGACUGGUCGCAAUGCAUGUGA